GUGGCACCGUCGCUGGUACGUUAACUGUCAACUCCUCAACUGUAAUUUUUGGUUGUGUGUUGUUUGAAUUACGUUUAAAAUUAAAAUACAACAUUCAACGUUUUAAUAAUGUCGUUAACCAUCGAUGGAACGACACAAGGAACAAGCGCUCUGAUUGAUAGUUUAACAGUCGAGGGCGCAACACUGCACGACGCCAACCUAGCGGCGUUAACAACAAAUGAUUUGGAGCACUUAGCACAGUUGUCACAGCAGUUACAAAUGAGUCCAGGCACAGAGAGUGACGAUAAUAUGAUGGAACUUCACGGUAAAGCGAGUCCGGAUGUUUUACAACCCGAAAUCGGCGCCCAAGAGGUCGAAAUCGAGACGGAACAAUCUCCGCAGUCACCUGAGGAAAUUCUUCCCGAUAUUAAAAUAAAAACCGUACCGCCCUUGCGACCUUUAACAAUCGCACCUAAACCACCAAAAGUGCCGAUUGCCAUAAAAUCUGGAGGCCAACAGUUAUUGCUGUUGCAAGGUAACGGAACCGCGCAACCUGUAAAGAUUGUUUCGUCACAAGGCCAAGGGCUAAGUCUUGCCAAUUUGCCGUUGACGAAAACUUUAACAUUACGCCCGGGUACGAAAGUCAUCCCCUCUGGUAGCGUCUCUGUGCUACAGCCCAAACAGUUACUGAUGAAGAAAGUGACACAACCAACCAAAUUGAUUGGUCAGUUGCUUCAACCGAACGAUUUAUCAUCGAUUCACGUUUUAGGCGAGAAAAGCAUCGUGAUUGCCGAUAAAUUGGAGACCCAAUUGAAAGCAACCCACGCGAAUCUCUUGCAGAGUCCCCCGAAGACCAUUACAAUGGCUCAAGCUCAGCAGUUUGGCUUGCUGCCUGGCGGAAAAUUAAUACCGCAAAUUUCCGGUAAACAAGCGAUCAUGGUUAACAAGAGUCAGACGAAGGCGUUUAAAAUUUUACCGCAGGGAAAGACGCACACGAAAAUUCUUCCCGCCCCCCAAGCCGCCCCCACAGCCAAAUUGGCCCAGCGCGUUAUUUUAAAACAAUCAAACACUAAUAUGCCAAUCAUCACAUCCGGCCAAGUGAUACAGGUCUCCGGUAAUUCACCGUUUGUAACUGGACAGCUGCAUCAAAUUAAUAUUCCCGGCAAAGGGAUCCAGUAUAUUAAGAUUGUAACCGCCCCUUCGACUCAAGAAAGUCAAGUAUCAGCAACCGAAACAACCACAAGGCAACUUAUACAGACUAGCGAGACUAAAAUUCCGAUCACUACUGUGACAACGACAACAGGCACUACUAAAGUGGCUAACGUUGUGCUAGCAGAGUCUUCUGUCACUACAAAUAUGGCGCCAAAGUCCAUUAAAACCGCCAGUGUAACCCGUACAAAUACAGUGUUGCCCACAUCGGGUCAGCUAGUAGUUUUGCCCACGACGUAUCUACAGCAGUCGACUACGCCCAAGAUCGCCAUUCCCGCCAGACCGUCAACGACAAAAACGCUCCCCGUGCCCGAUAUAACCAACAAUCCCAUUGACGGCAAUCUCGAAUCGAACGGGAUGCGACCCCGUAAACCGUGCAAUUGUACGAAAUCGCAAUGCCUGAAGCUGUACUGCGACUGUUUCGCGAACGGCGAAUUCUGCUACCUGUGCAACUGCAUGAAUUGCUACAACAAUUUGGACAACGAGGAGCAUCGUCAGAGGGCGAUCAAGAGUUGUCUGGAACGAAAUCCGAACGCCUUCCGGCCGAAGAUAGGCAAGGCCAAGGAUACGGGCGACACGGCCGUACGGAAACACACAAAGGGGUGCAACUGCAAGAGGUCGGGCUGUUUGAAAAAUUACUGUGAAUGUUACGAGGCCAAAAUUGCAUGUUCAAGCAAUUGCAAAUGUAUCGGCUGCCGAAAUUUAGAAGACUCCCUGGAUAAGAAGAGUCCAACGCAAGUAAGUCUAAAUAUACCGAUUCCCGUCAGUCCACCGCUCAUGAGCAAACUGACCACCACCACCACUGCCAGGAACAGCAUAUUGCAAUUUCGACCGAGAAAACACUUCAAUAACAGGCACGCCUUUAGUUUUAUAACGGAUGACGUAAUAGAGGCGACCAGUCAGUGUUUAUUGACGAUGUCCGAUAAUGCAGAAUCUAGCGAACAAGAUGAGGAGUUAACGAAAAGGCAGAUUAUAGAGGAAUUUGGUCGUUGUUUAAUGGAAAUCAUCGAGUGCUCUAUAAAUCGUAACAUAAGUAGUCCAGUGAGUUAAAAUAGGACUGCUGUUUUUCUUUCACCUUUGUACAUAUAAAAUCCUUUCAUUUAGCUUAAUGACGCAUGUAAUAAAGAUGUAAUCACGAACUUUUAGAUAAGUUUCUAAAGAAGUUUAUUAUUUUCAAUUCUUUCAAUAUUUAUGUCAGUCUUAUUUUUAUGUUUAAUGAAAUUUAUUGUAAGCAUGUCACUCUAUGUUACAAUCUGUACCUAUGUGUUCAAAUAAAGGAAGUGAAGAUGCUAAACA